AUGCCACCAAAAUAUAUAGCAACUGACACUCAACGUCAAAGAUACAAUGGAAAUAAAAGGACCAUUAGAGAAACCCUGCAUACAAAUAAAAGAAACAAAAAUCAGGCAUGGCUACUGAAAGCCCAACUUGCCGAAUCAAGUUCUACAUCUUCAAAUUCUGAAAAUUUUGAAAAUCAACCAUCUGGUUUGAAAGUACAUGUACUUAAAAAAGUACCUCCAUGUACCCAUUGUGGAGCGAAGAAAUUUGAAUAUGAACCACCUUCAUUCUGUUGUUGUAAUGGAAAUGUUGUUUUGGCAUCUACAACGGUUCCAGAUGAAUUAUAUACUUUAUUUACUUCUCAAACAUCUGAAGCCAUUGAAUUCCGUAGAUAUAUACGUGCUUACAAUAGUAUAUUUUCCUUCACAUCUCUUGGAGUUCAUGUCGACAAAGAUCUUGCAAAUGGAAAAGAUGGUAUAUAUACCUUUAGAGCUCAAGGACAAUUAUAUCAUGAUUUGCCUCCAAUUUUGCCGGAAAAAGACAAUCCAUGCUAUUUGCAAUUAUACUUUUAUGAUACUGAUAAUGAACUUCAGAAUAGGAUGAAAGUGUUACAAGAUUCAAAACUCAAAGAGCCUAUCGUGUCAAAACUAAUGGAUAUUCUAUCAAUUAAUCCAUACGCAAGGUUCUUUAAAAGUUUGAAAGACGUUCAUUUGUUGGAGAAUAAUGAGAUUAUAAUCACAAGUGACGUACAUCUUGAUCAGAGAGUUUACAAUUUACCAUCAGUCGACCAAGUUGCAGCUAUUUGGGUAGAAGGAAAUAAUCCCCAUAGAACUGAAAAUUGUGAUAUAGUAAUAGAAGGACAUUCAGGGAAGAAACAUCGAGUGGUACAUUAUUAUGGUUGUUAUGAUGCCUUACAAUAUCCUCUUUUAUAUCCAAAUGGGGAAGUUGGCUGGCACAGGAGCAUUAAACAAAAGAAUGUAACAGGUAGAGUUUUGCAUGAUUUAACAAGCGAGGAGUCUAUAUUUAAUAGAGAAGGCGACUUUGAAGGAUUUGAUGAGAGUAACAAGAACAGGGUAUCUCCCAGAGCAUAUUAUUGUCAAAAGCUUCAGAUUCGAGAUGGUCAUCGUUCUAUUCUUCUAUAUGCUGGUCGAUUGCUACAUCAAUAUGUUGUAGAUAUGUAUAUCAAAAUUGAAGCAACAUGAUUAGAUUUUUUUCGAGCAAAACAGUCAAAUAUCCGAGCAGAAUUAUAUCAAGGAAUAGUUGAUAGUGUUUUAGCUGGAGAAACAAGAGGUGAUCAAGUUGGGACAAAAUUUGUUUUACCUGCAUCAUUUAUUGGAGGACCAAGAGAUAUGCGUCGAAGGUAUCUUGAUGCUAUAGCUUUAGUACAAAAAUAUGGAAAACCUGAUCUUUUCAUCACUAUGACAUGCAAUCCAGACUGGGUUGAGAUACAAGAAGAAUUAAAACAAGGACAAGUUCCACAAGAUAGACCAGAUCUUACAGCUAGGAUAUUUCGAGCAAAGUUACAUGAUCUAAAAGAUCAAUUAUUCAAGAAAGGGAUCCUUGGUAAAGUGGCUGCACACGUACAUGUUGUUGAAUUUCAAAAAAGGGGGCUUCCACAUGCACACAUACUGAUAAUUAUGCACAAGGACUUCAAGAUAACAAAUGCUGAUGUUUUUGAUAAAUUUGUAUGUGCAGAAAUUCCAGAUUUUAAUGAAGAUCCAGUUUUAUAUGAGAAAGUUAUGAAA